AUGACCUUAAGCGCAAAGGAAAGGACGCUCUGCUACUUCAAUGCCGAGUAUCUUCACAAUAGAAUCGUUGAAGCCAAUUCAGCACUGGAAGCUGUCCUUAACGACGAUACUGGCACGACAUUUUCUACUCCUAAGCCUUUGAUUUCUGCCGAUAUCACUCCAGUUUCUACACCUCCAACAUAUAAAUCUAUGGAACCUAUGGUUCCUCAUUCUGUAAGAUCACCUAAUAUAUCAGAAAUUCCUGCUUCCAUUAGUAACGGAAUUCAUACUCCUGAAUAUAAGGAAAUCGAAGAUUUUAUGGAUAACCUUAGGAACAAACCAAUUCAUGAACAAAAACAAAAGCUUGGCGAUAGAUUAUUCCCCAAAGUCAAGAGUAUUGGGCUUAAGAGUGCUACGGCUA